AUGAAUAAUAAAUAACUUCAAGAAAUAGAUGCUGGAUAGCAAAAUAAAUUUCUUCACUAAAUAUUACCAAGGUAUUUUCAAUUAAAAACCUACAAUUUUUAGUUCUUAAGAAGAAUAAUUAUAUGAAAAAAUAACUAGAGAAGAGAUUGGAUUUCGAAUAAAUCCUCAUACUAUUAGAGCUUAUAGUAAAAAGUAUUGGUUUAUGACCAAUUUUACCAUUGAAUUAACUAAAAAUAAAAAUAUAAAAUAUAUAGAAAAUGGAGAGGUUUUAAGAAUGUAUUUAUUCAUUUUUUUAUAUAUAGAGAAAAGAUAUAUCCAAACGAAAGAUUAAAAAUUAAAAAAAAUAUUCACAUAAUUAAAAGCUCUUUAUGGGUAGGAAAUACUAAUGAAAACAAUACGAAAAUUGGAUAUUGGUUUGCAAAAGUACAUGAAAAGAGAUUAAAUAGAGGAGGAUAUUAUAGUCAAUCUGGAUAAAAAAUUGGAAAAUGGAGUGAAUUAUGUGAUAAUUUAAGCGGGUAUUUAAAUAGUUUAAAAAAAAUAUAGUGUUUUUAUGGUUGGAAAUUAUAAGAAUGGAAAAAGAUAUUCAAAAUGGAUAAUUAAACAUAAUAAUGAUGAUAUGUAAAUAUUUAAUAAAUUUAUUAAAUAAAGUGGUGGAGGUUUUUAUUUUGAAAAUUAAAUGAAGACCGGAUUAUGGGUUGAAAAUCAUUUUUUCUAUAAUUCGGUGUAAUCACGAAUCUUAUUUUAUUAGGGAUUCAAAAAUUAUGCAUAGAGGAGAAUAUAUUAAAGGAAUAAAAUUUGGAAAAUGGGAAACUUUUAAAAUAGAGAAUAAUAGAUCAAAUUUUGAAAUUAUGUAUAAGUUAAAAUAUGUUAAAGAGGAAAAGGAUUUUAUGAUAAGGGAGAAAUAAAACAGGGUAAAUGGAUAGAUAUUAAGGAUAUUUAUGAAAAGUAUAAUGUUUGAUUUAUUUUAGUGAUAGCCAGGUUAUUUUUAAAGGGGAAUAUUAAAAAGGAAGGAAAAUAGGAUGCUGGGAGACUUUUAAAAGAUUGAAUUAAGAAUAAUUUUAAUUAAUGUACGCAUUUAAUUAAAUUAAAGAGCUAUUGGAAUUUAUAAUAAUUAAGGAAAUAAGAUUGGUUUAUGGAUUGAUUUAUCUAGAAAUUUUUGGGAGUUUAUUAAAUUUAUAUUUAUUAGAGAAGAUGAUAUUGUACAUUAAGGAUCAUAUUAAAAUGGGAAAAAAAUUGGGAAUUGGAAAAGUUAUUAUUAAAAGAGAAAUUAUUAAAUGUAAUAAAUGUGUUAAAUAUGAUUAAGUGGUGAAGGAAAUUAUGAUGAAAAUGGAAUGAAGAAUGGAUUUUGGACUGAAUACGAUGAAAAUUGUUUUUUGUAAUUACAAUAAUUAAAUUUUUAUAGUAGAAAUCAUAUUAUAUACUAAGGAAUUUAUUAACAUGGUUAAAAAUCAGGAUAAUGGAAAACAUAUUAAAAUGAUAAAUUAAUGUAUUCAAAAAAUAAAUUAUAAAAAGUGUUGAAGGAUAUUAUGAUGAGAAUGGAAAAAAAAUUGGUUAAUGGAUAGAACUAGAUAAAUUAACUCGAAGGUAAUGAAAUUAAACCU